GGGAGGGGAGGGAAGGGGGGGGUCACGCGGGCGCGCGCGCGCGCACCGGGAGCGCGCUCGGAGGCGAGUGGAACUGGAUCGGGUUUGCUGCCAGCGGCGUGAGCUUCGGCCGCCAUUUUACAACAGCUCCACUCGCGCCGGACACAGGGAGCAGCGAGCACGCGUUUCCCGCAACCCGAUCUCCUCGGACAGGAUCCUUCCGCCGCAGCCCAACGGGGAGAUCUCUGGAAACAUGGCUACAGAACAUGUUAAUGGAAAUGGUACUGAAGAGCCCAUGGAUACUACUUCUGCAGUUAUCCAUUCAGAAAAUUUUCAGACAUUGCUUGAUGCUGGUUUACCACAGAAAGUUGCUGAAAAACUAGAUGAAAUUUACGUUGCAGGGCUGGUUGCACAUAGUGAUUUAGAUGAAAGAGCUAUCGAAGCUUUAAAAGAAUUCAAUGAAGACGGUGCAUUGGCAGUUCUUCAGCAGUUUAAAGACAGUGAUCUCUCUCAUGUUCAGAACAAAAGUGCCUUUUUAUGUGGAGUCAUGAAGACUUACAGGCAGAGAGAAAAACAAGGGACCAAAGUAGCGGAUUCUAGCAAAGGACCAGAUGAGGCAAAAAUUAAGGCACUCUUGGAAAGAACAGGCUACACACUUGAUGUGACCACUGGACAGAGGAAGUAUGGGGGACCACCUCCAGAUUCCGUUUAUUCAGGUCAGCAGCCUUCUGUUGGCACUGAGAUAUUUGUGGGGAAGAUCCCAAGAGAUCUGUUUGAGGAUGAACUUGUUCCAUUAUUUGAGAAAGCUGGACCGAUAUGGGAUCUUCGUCUAAUGAUGGAUCCACUCACUGGUCUCAAUAGAGGUUAUGCGUUUGUCACUUUUUGUACAAAAGAAGCAGCUCAGGAGGCUGUUAAACUGUAUAAUAAUCAUGAAAUUCGUUCUGGAAAACACAUUGGUGUCUGCAUCUCGGUUGCCAACAAUAGGCUUUUUGUGGGCUCUAUUCCUAAGAGUAAAACCAAGGAACAGAUUCUUGAAGAAUUUAGCAAAGUAACAGAGGGUCUCACAGAUGUCAUUUUAUACCACCAACCAGACGACAAGAAAAAAAACAGAGGCUUUUGCUUCCUUGAAUAUGAAGAUCACAAAACAGCUGCCCAGGCAAGGCGUAGGUUAAUGAGUGGUAAAGUCAAGGUCUGGGGAAAUGUUGGAACUGUUGAAUGGGCUGAUCCUAUAGAAGAUCCUGAUCCUGAGGUUAUGGCAAAGGUAAAAGUGCUGUUUGUACGUAACCUUGCCAAUACUGUAACAGAAGAGAUUUUAGAAAAGGCAUUUAGUCAGUUUGGGAAACUGGAACGAGUGAAGAAACUAAAAGAUUAUGCUUUCAUUCAUUUUGAUGAGCGAGAUGGUGCUGUCAAGGCUAUGGAAGAAAUGAAUGGCAAAGAUUUGGAGGGAGAAAAUAUUGAAAUUGUUUUUGCUAAGCCACCAGAUCAGAAAAGGAAAGAAAGGAAAGCUCAGAGGCAAGCAGCAAAAAAUCAAAUGUAUGAUGAUUACUACUAUUAUGGCCCACCUCAUAUGCCCCCUCCAACAAGAGGUCGAGGGCGUGGAGGUAGAGGUGGUUAUGGAUAUCCUCCAGAUUAUUAUGGAUAUGAAGAUUAUUAUGAUUAUUAUGGCUAUGAUUACCAUAACUAUCGUGGUGGAUAUGAAGAUCCAUAUUAUGGUUAUGAAGAUUUUCAAGUUGGAGCUAGAGGAAGGGGUGGUAGAGGAGCAAGGGGUGCUGCUCCAUCCAGAGGUCGUGGGGCUGCUCCUCCCCGCGGUAGAGCCGGUUAUUCACAGAGAGGAGGUCCUGGAUCAGCAAGAGGCGUUCGUGGUGCGAGAGGAGGUGCCCAACAACAAAGAGGCCGCGGGCAGGGAAAAGGGGUCGAGGCCGGUCCUGACCUGUUACAAUGAAGACUGACUUGCUAUGUGGGAUUACACCAGAAGCUUGCAGUGGAGUAAUGGUAAGGAAAUCAAGCAACCUUAAAUAUCUCGGCUGUAUAGGAGCAUAUUCUGUUGCAGAAGACCUUCCUAUGAAGAUCAUGGAAUCAAAUACAGGACAUUGAACUAAUACUUGGACUUUGAUAUGAAUUUCUUUAACAAUUUUCUCUGCAGUGCAAGUUAUUAAACUAAAGCUACUCUAUUUUCCAAAUGUGUUCCAACAGAAAUCCUUCAUAACUUCUAGCAUGGUAUCUUAAUAAAGAAUAAAGUUCUUCUCUUUAAAAAAUCUGCUCUAAGUAGAUUUUUCCCCUGUUUUUUUAAAUUAAGGAUCCCAGCAGUGGUUUUCUGAAAUAUUCUUUUGAAUUUGUGCAUUUAAAUUUUAUUGCAGUGGUAUAGAUGAAUGCCAUUGUUGGUAUCCUUAAAUUUUAUUUCUGCUCACCAAGGUUAAUCAUGAUUGUCUAUAUCUUUUUUAUAGUAAUCACUUUUGAAUUGUGUUCAGAUAUGCAGUUUCAGGUGUAAUCAUCAGAGCUGGUUAGUCAGGCAUUCCAGAUAGUGGUUCUUUUCAGAACCUUUUUUAAAGGGUUGGUUAACUACCUCAGUAGCAGAGGAUUGAACUAUACCCUGUCUGUACUGUACAUAGAAAAUCUUUGUAGAUAAAAGCAAGGCUUGUUAAAUGAUAUGAGGGUAAGAUUUUAAUAUACCAAAUGUAACAUUCUUAGUUGCCUUUAGUUUCAGAGGCUUGUAAGACUUCCUCAUGACCAUCAUAACAGGCCUUGCUUUUGUCGUAUUUUGUGGCUGAAAAAGCAGCCUUGCUUCUUCAGAUAUUGUAGUUAUUUGGAUGUAUAAUAGUUUAGCAAGAUGUUACUUUUGUAAGACAUCAGAUGUUCAAAAAAAGUGCAUCCGAACUUGUACUAAAUACUGCAGUGUCCCUUUAUAAAAAGUCAGACUAAAACUGACAAUUGUACAGCAAAGCCUGACAUUUGGAUAUUUUGAAGUUUUUUCAUAAAUCAUAGAAAUUAGUAUAUGGCUGUAGUUUAGCUUUUUAGGUAAAAGGUAUGUUUCAUUAGUGCAUUUCUUACUGCUGAUCACUGCAAAAAUGUGAAUCAGCUUUCCAUUUCUUAUGCAGGUCAUGAUAACUUGUAGAAUAGAGUACAAUCAUUUGUGCUAUGUUUUUAAUUUUCUAAAGCACCUUGAUGACAGUGAGUGUUCAGUGGUGAAGCAUCCUCUAUUGAAUCACCCUCAAAUUUUUUGCCAAGUCCUAAAUUGAUAGCUUAAAGUCAAAAGUGAAAUUAUAGUCUAAUUAGGACUUGGUAUAAAGAAAUCCCUUUUCCCCUUCCCCAAAGGGAUACUGCAGUUAUAUCACAUACCCAAUAGGCACCACGAUGAAGAUCAGAGCUUAUUAUACUUAAUUAAGGUUUUAUACACACCAGUUCCCCCAGUAAAUGCAAAUUUAACAAAAUUAGACAUGUCAUAUGUUCAAAAUGCUCAUGGCAAACAAUCAUUUUGCAUUCCUGCAAAUAAAAUUGUUUUAUACUGUAAGCUGGAGGCGAGUGUAACUUAUUUUUGUAAUAAAGUUUUUAUUUUUUUUAUGUGUCAUUAAUAUAAAUGUGUGUUAGUGUAGAAAUAUUCUGGUUUAAAAACUUAGAAUUGCACACAUUUCAGUAUGUUUAUUUGUACUUACAUAAUUUUAGAAUAGUGGUUGCCAAUAGCCUGUAUGUUUCACAUUAAUUGGUUUUUUUAUGUUACCUUAAUAAACCAUUUUAGUAUGUUGUAUGUCAGUUACUGGGAUAGCUGGGACAUAGAGUGUAAUUUAAAAUUUGUCAAUAAGUAUUCAUUGGAAUAUAUGUAAAUGUGCCUUGCCGGUUAUUGAAACUUACCUACAAAAUGAGUAUGGGGUGACAAAAAUUAGUUCCUGGUGCUUAAUGAAACUUUCUGCCACUGAUUUUAUAUAUUACCCCGUGCUUUUUUAAAAGUACAUCUCUUUCAAAUCUUAGUGUAAGUUUGAGGGCUACACAAAACAUUUACAUUUCAUUCUAACAUAUAAUGAGUAUAAUAGGUUGUGGAAAGUGGGUAAACUAAAUGUAGCCUUCAGUUAAAUUGAAUCUCAGUGUAAUCUUUGGUGCUGGCAUUUCCCAGUUCCAAGGAGUUAAAUGAUCCCAUCAGAGAGGUCAUUGCCAUGCCUAUUGGCACUUUACUGUCAUACCCUUUUUUAAGGGACACUGUCAAGGUGUUUAAGUUAAUUCUCAGAAUUAUUUGUUGGGAUUUUAGGACGGGUUUGUUUGACUUAAGUAAGAAAUGCAUUGUCAAAGUUGAAAGAUGAACAUUUUUGUGAGUUCACAAAUGUGUUCUUGAAACAUUAAAAUAUGGAGCUGUGGGUUUCCAAGAUUAUUUGGCAUUCUUAGUUUGGGGAUUUGGGAGGGAAAAUGAUUAUAUAAAGAAAUUGUGAAGAAUUGAUGGGUAAUGUAAACAGUGGUGAUGAAAUAUAUACACACUCAAGUGAAAUUACUUGACAGUGUUCAUUUGAAUAACUUUGAAUUCAAGCCAUUAUAAUUUUAAAAUUAAAUAUCAUUUGCACUGUUCUGAUAAUGGGUGCAGUUUUUGAGCAAUAUAAUCAGAGCUAAAUAUGCAUGUAGUGAUUAGUGAUGUGAACAAUUAAGUUCUGAGAAGAAAUACUAACUGGUAUUUUCAAACUUAAAUUUCUGUAGUAAAAAAUCAGCAUCAAACUCUUUUAUCAAUAAGAGAUCAAGGAAAACAGGCAAUGCAUAUAAACAUACUUUUGAAUGUUGUGUGGCCUAUAAAGCAAUAAUGCAAUUUAUAUGGAAUGUCAUGGGAUAUGAGAAAUGGAAAUGCAAAAAUAACUAAUCCUUUAGUAAAAAUGUCAACAUGUUAAAAGGGGAAUGUUAACUAAUGUAGGUUAUUGCUAUUUGUGAUUUGUUUAUGGGUUCUUGGCUUUGACAGCUUCAAAGAUGGACAGAUGACAAGUUAAAAGAAUUUUGUAUAUAUUGUCAAGGAAUGGGUCUUAAAUCCAAGAGUCAAGUCCCUUCCUUGGGGUGAAAAAUGUAUUCUUAAAGCAUUCUGAUUGUUAAACAAGGAACUUGAGUUACCUAAACAGACGCAAGAUUUUGUUUCUGCAGACUACUUGGCAAUCAAACGUGAUCAUCAGUUUAGUUAAUCAGUUUUCAGAAAGUUGCUUUGUGAGAAAAUUGUGUUAUAUAUAUUUUCCCAAACAUGCUUUUUGUGGGAGAUUUUCAGCCAUUGCAAUUGAAUCAGAUACUAGAAAUGAAGUGGGGGUUGAGCACAAAAAGAGCGGUUGCACACUCAUGAUGGUGGUUGUUGUAGCAUCAUGAGAAAUUUGUUAAUUACUGCAAGUCUGAUUUAAUAGAAUAUAAACAUUUUCCUCGUGAUAAAAUAGGAACUUAAUAGGAAUGGAUUGAUGGGGUGAUCUCGGGUAUUUACUUGUAUAUAUUGGAAAGACUUAAUAUCAGGAUGAACACAUGCUAGAUAGGCAAAAUUGUCACGCAGGACAGCUUUUUUUGACUGCUUAGCUGAAGUCACUGUUGACUAGAAACAACAGAAGAUCACCUUGUUAUUAUAGAGUAAGCCAUGUCUCUAUUCCAAGGGGAGAAAGUAAAUGUGGAAGGACUUCAUGCAUUUAGGAGAGGGAGCUGACCCUAGAGUAAAUGGAUGCUCAGAUUCCUACAACUUCCCAGGAAUACCCACCACAAUCAUUUUCUCCCCAGUGAUGUAUUCCAUAAAAUUUCUAUCUGACCAUAGGAAUUCAUUGGUGGGUAUAAAAUGAAUGAAUGAAAGACUUAAAUAACUACAUAAAAUGAAUAGACUUGUGAGGAUGUUUUAAAGUGUAGCAUUUACUCAGUGAUACCACUCAAUAGGGCAUGCCACUACUUUUCUUAAGAUGCUAAUUAUAAACCAACGUUCAAAGACAUUUUUAACUGUGGGCAAAUUAAUAGAUGGACUUUUUGGUCUGUCACUUUUUUAAAAAGUACUUAAAUGUAAGUUCUAUUAGCACCACAGUCUGCCUUCAGUAAUAUACAUAAAAUAUUUCUCAGGACCAGAAGCGUUCAGUUGGAAAAAAACAUCUUUUUUACAAAUGCAAAACAGUAUUAUAACUAAUGCUCUGGUCCAAGAUUAGGUUUUUAAUGAUUUUAACAGUAGUCUGAUAAACAUUUAGAAGUCUGGCAUUGAGAAACAAAAGCUUGUACCUGACUAGUACUUUUAUUUAAAAGAAAUAUUAGUUCUCUUAGCUUAUUUAAAUUGUCUCUUACAUUUAUUUAUCCAUAGAAUUUAUAUUUAUUUCAUUCCUUUCAUCUCACUGAAAACAACUGUCUGCAGGCUCUUUGAUUUGGAUUAGAUGUGUGAAGUACUGUCUUUUGCCAAAAACCUCAACUUAUCUGUUCUUUUUAACGUAGUGGGUUUGUGCUUGUUUGGAGAUCAGUUCAAAAAACUAUCUGUACUAUCUGUACUGCCUCUGAUGUUAAGAUUUUAUGUAUAGCAUAAGGAAGCUAGCUCUGACUAUAUUUUCCUAAGAAUAAAGACCUAUUUUUGUAGCAUG